UAAACUGAAACAGGCUUUUUACAGCUGAUCAAAAGUUUAGGACCACACUUCCAAAAAAACCCCAUAAACCCCUCCAAAACAGAAAUCGAAGUUCCAAACAUGAACUCAGGAAUGAGUUGUCCAUUUUUGUAAACUUUUGCCAUCCAUCCCCAAAGGUUCUGGAUUGGAUUUAGAUCAGGGGAACACGCUGGAUGGUCCAAAAGAGUGAUGUUAUUCAGACUCAGAAGGGUAAAUUAAUUCAAAUUAAAUCAAACCGAAAUAAAUUCCUAAAAACAACAAAGAAACUUCUUGUAAAAAAAUAAAUAGUUUUUCAUUCCACUGAUUGAUUUACUGCCUGGCUUUGCUCCUGGGAUUCAUCCGGUUUGUCGGGUUAGAAAGUUGCCACAUAGAGUAGAGAUCUGUCAGUCACUACAUGCUUCCACACCUUAAACACAAUAACACACACAUUCUUUACUUAAGUAGAAGUGAAGAUAUGUGUAUUUAAAAAAAUGCUCUGGUGAAAGUCAAAGUACUGAAUCAAGUAAAAGUGAAAAAGUACCAACUCUGAAAUGUACUCAAAGUAAUUACGUAAAAAGUAGCUCUUUAAAUGACAAUGCUAUCAGACAUUAUUAUGCAAAGCUAACUGAACCUCAUGCUGUAUUAAUAUAAUAAUAAAAUAAUAUUAAUGCAUGGAAGUAUGAGUGGGAUUCAGCAGGUGGAGGAACCCCAAGUUCAGUUGCAGUAGCUCAGUGUGGGGACAAGAAUCGCUGCUCAAUCAUUUCUACUGUGAGCUCCAGCAGGAGGUCUUAGCGCACAGCCUGUGAUCACAGCUAAAUUCAAAAAUAUUUCAUGAGCUAUCUGGGCUGAUGUCCUUCCCCUACACUCACAGCAUACAGUUAAAUUCAGUGAGUGAAUCUCAUCAUCAGCUUAUGUUUGAAUUCAUCUUUGCAUCUCUCAUUCAGUGAAAUCCAGCAGCUGGACCUUUAACUCGCAGACACGGUGUGGCUAAUAGUUUGUGUGUUUGCUGAUUUAUGUUGAGCUGAUAGAAACGUGCUUGCUCCUCUUCAGUGCUGUACUGCAAACACAGCUUAUCAACAUCUGCACAAAAAAGUGCCGUUCAGGAUUGUCCCAACCUGAUCCAAACCCCCAGUUUAUGGUGCUAUGAUAAUGCAUAAGUUAUGUGGGGGUUUUUUUUUGCCUCUUUCAUCUUUUUGAAUGUGAGACGCCUCACUGAUGGAUACACUAAUAAAUUUGUCUAUUUAUUAUUGUUACCUCCUUUUAACCUCACAUCAGUUUGAAGACUCACAGUAAAAACUUCCCUCAAAUGAAUUCAAGCUAAAGUAAUGAGCCUGAUUUGAAAAAGUAAAGAAUAAAAAUAAAAGGUUGACAGAAAAAUGAAUACUCAAGUAGAAAUACCUGAAAAUUCUACUUAAGUAUAGUGACAAAUUAUUCCUACUUCAUUUCACUACACACCUCGGGCAAAAACAAAUAUGAAACUGAGGAAAAAAUUAUGCUUUUCUAAGGUGAUAAAUAUCUGAAAGCCCCAAAGACAGAGGCGGGGUCUUAAAGUGGACGGAUGAGUGCAUACCUGCUGUAACAGAAACUGUCACAAGAGUGUCAGACUGCAGCAGAGCCACCAUGGAUACAGAAAUGGACGCCAUCGCCACCCUGAACACGUUGCAGGUCUAUGCUGCCGCCCUGAAGGAGCUGCGGAGCAAAUGUCACCUGCAGCUAAAGACCAUGAGAGGCUUCCUGGAACGAGCCGGCCUCACGGUGAGCCAAUCAAAGCAGCAGUGACAUCAGAGAUUACACACAGUUACAGUAAUUAUCGCCUUCAGUCUUACCUGAACUACACGUGUGUUCUUGUAUGCAUAUCAAAGGUGGAUGAACUUGACCGUCUCAACAUCAUUCAUGUGACCGGAACAAAGGGCAAGGGCUCGACAUGUGCGUUCACUGAGCAGAUUUUAAGAAAUUGUGGCUUCCGCACAGGAUUUUUCAGCUCUCCACAUCUGGUCCAAGUGACAGAGAGGAUUCGGAUCAACGGGCAGCCAAUUGGAAAAGAGCUCUUCACCAAAUACUUCUGGCAGAUAUACAGACGGCUCGAUGAAACGAAGGAUGCUAACGGAGGGACGAUGCCGACAUAUUUUGGUAUCCUCACCAUCUUGGCCUUCCAUAUCUUCCUUCAGGAGAAGGUGGAUUUAGCUGUGAUUGAAGUUGGUAUUGGAGGAGCGUACGACAACACCAACAUAAUACGGAGGCCGUGGGUGUGUGGCAUCUCGUUCCUGGACAUAGACCACACUGAUAUUCUGGGAGACACCAUCGAAAAGAUCGCCUGGCACAAAGCGGGCAUAUUCAAGCCUGGAGUCCCCGCCUUCACCAUCAGACAGCCAGAGGGCGCCAUGCCCGUGCUCGAGCAACGGGCCAAAGAGAUCGGGGUAAGUCCACUUUCAGUCAGAUCACACAGGAAAGUGAAGCUUCAACUUUCUAUAACUCUCUCUAACCUGUUGUUGCAGUGUCCACUGUGGAUGUGUCCACAGCUGGAGGACUACCAGGCGGAAUGUAAACCUUUGCACCUGGGCCUUGCAGGACAGCACCAGCGCUCCAACGCCUCCCUCGCCCUCCAGCUGAGUCACACCUGGCUUCAGAUGAGGGGUCUACCAGAUAACAGCUUACCCUACAUCACUGUUAACAACGGCAGGAUGCUUCAGGCGACUGCCUUCACUCCCAGCCCCAUGAUGGUGAAAGGGUUGGCAGAUACCGAGUGGCCCGGCAGGAGCCAGACCCUAAAACGUGGAGCGGUCACCUACUUCCUGGAUGGAGCUCACACCCUACACAGCAUCCAGGCCUGUGCUCAGUGGUUUAGAGAGACUGCAGCUGAGCACGAGAGGAACGCCAGUGGCCCUGUGGCCAGAGUUUUACUGUUCAACGUUACAGGAGAGAGAGACGCAGCUGCUUUCCUUAAACUCCUGGUUCCGUGCCACUUUGACUUUGCUGUGUUCUGCCCAUGCAUCGCUGAAGUCGGCACUUCCAAUAUUCAGGAGAAGAAGUUUGACAUGUCUGUGGAGGAGAUGCUGAGUCGCUGCUUGGACAAUGAGAGGAUCUGGCGCCUCCAUAACCACCAGGAUGACAACAGAGAUAAUCUGCUGCUGAUAGAGGACAGCCUUCCUCGUUUACCUGAGAACAGAGGGGACACCUUGGUAUUCCCGUGCAUCUUCAGCGCCCUCCAGUGGAUCACACAUGGCAGGAACUCAGUGCUGUCUGACCAGGCCAAGACGACGCUCCCGGUUAAACCGAGCGUCACGGCCAAAGCUGCUUCUCUCCGCGAAGCUAGCGAUAUCCAGGUACUCAUCACUGGAAGCCUUUACCUGGUGGGAGGAGCUCUCAAAUACCUCGACCCAGCUUCCUCCAAGUGAACAGAAGUGUUUUGUAUUUGCACAACUGCGAGAGAUUUGCUUCCAGGGAAGAGGGUUGUUUGUGGUUUUAGUUUUUCCUGACUUAUUUUCCUGAAUUUGAUUAUUUUGUCUGUGACCAAGGUAUGAAGGUGAUUUUACUUUUUGGAUGCUAAUCAUAAACAACGUUUGAGUAUAUUUUUGUAACAGUGGCCAAAACUCAAGUUUGUAAGUUUGACUGGAUUGCAAAUAAAUGAUCUUUUAAUGAUCUUUUUAAAAUGUAAAGUUUUUGAUCACAGACUGGAUAACGUUGCCUUCAAAGCUUUUCUCUUAUUUGCAUCACUAAAUUCAUCGGCUUCCUCGUUGGUUCCAAGUCACAAAGUUUUGCAAGCUGGAGUCCAUGGGUCAUUUUGACCUUGAGUCUCAGUAUUUGAUCAGAGUAAACAUGAAACUGGACUAUAUGCUGUGAUACACGGACGUAAGAUGACAUUCUGCUGACCUGCAAACGUUUUCACUAACCCAUCCAAAUGAUUGAAUUCAGGUGUUCCAAUUAUUUCCGUGACCACAGGUGUAUCAAGUCAAGCACCAAGGCAUGCAGACUGCAUGUUCUCUGCAGUGAUGAGUCAAGCUUGUCUUUUUGGAAAUCUGAUGUAUGAACCUAAAAUACUGAGCUGGUUUAAAAAAAAUGCUUACAAACCUAAACUGAAAAAAGCAAUGGGAAAAUGAAAAGGUGCCAAACAAGUGCAAAAAAAGAAAAAAAAAUGGUUUAACACGCAAGGUUCCACAUAUGAUGUGGGGUAAUACUGAGGUACAAAUAGUACAUUAAAAGUAGUGAUGGGGAAAAACAAAAAGGUUGAAGCUUCUAAACCA